AUGAAAUGCCUAUGCGGUCCCUUGGACAUGUUCGCGAACACCACUGUCAAUGCCUCAGACCCUGCAUUGGACACAUCACGUCUGAAGAAUCACAAAUGGUCAAUUGAACAGUUCUGGAAAUGUCGCGGUACACCUAAUCUGCAAACACAACGAGUUUUCAUGAUUGAAGAAGCAUCGGCCGCGUACUACUCCACGUUGAUGGGUGGUAGAUUUCCUGAAGAUCGUAAUCUUGACUUGGAAGUUCCUCCGGCAAGCAUACUGAAAAUGCCCAUCUAUUUGGACAUAAUGGAUAUGGUGCUGCAAGCCAGUCCAGAUGAUAUUGGGAGUUUAUUGUAUAUGCGAAUGAAUUGUCACUUGUUCAAUGACUUGGCCUGGGUGCAGACAAUUUACAAUCGACCACUUUCUCGAAAUACAGCCACAGUUCGUGCCAUCUUGGACAUAAUAUACCGUGUGGCGCUUUGCAUCCGAAAUGUGGACAUUCAUCUCAACUGUCCAGAUGCAUGUCGUGGAAAAUCAAAAGAUCAUUGCAGCAGUGUACCACAUGCUCUGGGCACAUGUAGCACACGUUUGGAUGAUUUAAUUGGCAAAACCGGUGUACAGUAUUCUAACGAUACAAAAAUACUGACCAAUAAUCUACGCGACUGGUAUCGUCGUGUGCCGAUUGAACGUCGCUACCCGAUUGAAUUCUUUAUGCGAAGUGCUAAUAACGAAGAACUGUUUCAACGCAAAGUGGAAGUACAAAAAAUUGGAGCACGUGUAGCCUAUUGCCCGUGCCGCGUCUAUUAUAAGGUUAGUCUGUUCUGGGUCUUGUUUUCUACCAACCCGAGGUAUCCGUUUUGUUUGGCAGGAUGCCAUUUACCAUUCUGA